AAAGAUGCUGCACAUAUUAUAAUGGGCUAAAUUAUAUCAACUGGGAGGGGAAAAAAAAAAAAAACCCAAUACUGUGGUGGUUGGAAGCAACCUCGAAGUCCGAUUUGUUUGAUUUAAAAGGUUGGAAUCGUUCAAGUUUUUCAUCAGAGACUGAUCACACAAUAACAUAAAAUAAGUCUAGUUUUCUAAUACAUAAGCUGUAGUUAGACUUGAUCCUGUAACCUGAUCGAUUCAUGGUCCAUUCCUUGAUCUUGUACAGCACAACUUUUUUGCCUUCGGGUGGUCCAGGUCCUGCCAUCCUCUUGCAUAUAUCCUUGCCAAUCCAGCUCAAGCUAUGUGCUUCCAGACAGUGAAAUAAGGGUAGGGGCAAGUGUGGGAUUUCUUGAUUUUGAAACUCUUCCUUCCUCAAUUAUAUAAGGAGGGUUUAAGCAUCAGAUUUUGAAGCAACAAGUGUGGAUUUCCUAGCCCCUGAUCUUUUUGGUGACAGAACUUUUCUCUCACGCAUAUUUGUUCUCUUACAAAGAAGAAGAAGCAAGAAGGGCUGAGAUACAAAGAUCAGAUUCAGAUAAGAUGCCUUGCCUUUAUAUCUCCACCAAUGUCAACCUUGAUGAUGUUGACAAGGAUCCCAUCUUUUCCGAGGCCACAAAAGCUGUUGCUUCCAUCAUCGGAAGACCUGAACAUCUUGUGAUGGUCAUACUUAAAGGAACCUUGGGCAUAUCAUUCAAUGGAAACAAGGAACCAGCUGCAUACGCAGAGAUAGUGUCGAUGGGUGGGAUUACCAAACAAGUUAAGAGGAAUCUGAUCGCUACCCUUGGAACAAUUCUUGAGGCAAAGUUAUCCAUCCCCAGGGCACGAUUCUUCCUCAAAGUUUAUGAUACAACAGCUGCUGGCAACUGCUCCAAGUUGUAACUUCUGAUAGGAUGAUGGCCAUAGAGUUUCAUCCUAACUAUCUGGGUUUUCAAUUUCUGUUUCGUUUUAUGUCUGCUUAUUUUUAAAUUGUCAGAGGUCAUCCUGUCAGCAAAAAAGAAAAGCAAAAAAAGAUUUAAAUGUUCAAGAAGACCUACUUGAAUGUGAUUAUGCACUAUUGAAUUUCCACUAAAUUGAAGCAAAUAAAAAAGGGCAUUGUAAUUUA